AUGGGCGAAAAAAUAACAAAAGGAUCGCUGAGAGGCGUCGCAUUUGCCGCUGUUGUCUUCUCUACAACUGCCAUUACUGCCGUUUUGAUAUCUUUCCCACUCGUAUUUCAUUAUGUACAAACGCUUCAAGCAACAGUGCAGGUGAAUUUUCAUUGCAGUUACUAUUUAUUAGAAUUUUUAAGUAAUGAAUCCAGAAUUUUUAUACAGCAAGUUUCACCAUGUAACUCCGUAUUUAAUGUCAUGUUCAAAGUGAUUUCGCAAGAUUCGAAAAAGCCGUCUGAGAGUGAAAUAAUUUGAACGCGGCAUAAAUCUUUUAGCCACCAGUCUUAUAAAAACUUAAAAUAUAUAAAAUCACUUUUGGAAAGGUAACGUACGUGCCAAGUUUUUUUCAAUGAGAAGUGAACUAUAUUAUCCAAAUAUUUUUAUUAGACGUUUUGAAAAAAAUGCUCAUCAUGUUUUCUAUGAAGGAAAAAAACUAGGUGUCACUGCGAGUUUGACAUGCUUUUGAGGUAAUAGCAGGUGAAAAAAUUCAAUAGAAUCAGUUAGAAAAUUUCGCGCUUUCCCGUUACUAACCAGCAUUCGUAACAAAUAGAAAAAAAAAGUUUCAAAAAACCUAGAAAGUAAUUUUCGAAAAAAAAAGAAAGAAAUAUUCUUUUAAAACUUCGUUGUGCGAAAAUCUCAAGUUCUAUAUGAUUUGAAAAGCUAUGUACGGUAAAAAUUUCCCUCGCAAGUCUAAAUUUUGGUGGAGAAAAAAAAUUAUCCUAUCAUUUGGAUAACACCAUGAGAAAAUUUAGGGAGAAGUCGAAUAUUGCAAAUCGCGAUCCCGUGACAUGUGGAGAGAAAUGGUAGAAGUAGCGCCAGAAGGACCAGAUGAUCCACUCGAGAUUCUUCUCCGUGCGACUCGUCAAGCCGAAGCGCAGUGCUGCACAUGUCAACAAGGACCUCCAGGACCAGAUGGCGAACCUGGAGUCCCUGGUCAGGACGGCGCUCCUGGCGAAGGACCCGGAGAGCCAGGACCACCUGGUCCUGAUGCGGAACUUCACGAUCGGCAGCUUCCGGUCCCUCCACAAUGCCCAUGCCAAGCGGCCGCUGGUCUUCCAGGACCACCUGGUCCACCUGGACAGGACGGAACUCCAGGAAACCCAGGAAGAAACGGAGACGACGGAGCGCCCGGACCACAAGGACCGGCUGGACCUCCUGGACCUCCCGGACAACAAGGACAGCCUGGACAAAGAGGAUCCCCAGGAGAAUCUGGUCAGCUGGUGCCAGGAACCGACGCUCCUGCCGGUCCAGCUGGACCACCGGGACGACCAGGAGCUCCCGGACAGCCAGGCAAAGCAGGAACUCCAGGAAAAGACGGCGAGAACGGUGAAACCGGAGAGCCAGGAGAGCCAGGUCAGUUAUCAGUUCUAGAGUGAAACACAACUUGCAAAAAAAAAAAACGAAAAAAGUAGCCAUGAGGAGAGCACAACUUGAAAUAUAUAACAUAAGCGCGAACGUUUUUAAAAACGAGAUUUUUUUAUGCAAUAAAGAUUAGCAAAAAGAAUGAUGGAACAUUUAAAAAGUACUUGGAAGCUUAAAUUUAUCGUGGGUAACAAAAAGAAAAAGAAACUCCAACGAUACAAAACUUUGAAUGAAAGCUUAAAAGAUCUUGUUCAAUUAAAAAUACCCAUAGAACAAGUUAUUGACUAAUUGAGAAUAAGUUUGAGUUCGAAUUAUUAAAAGUUUUGGCUGAGAAAUAAACGUACAAUUUUCUUGUUAACUGACUGAAAAAUUGCGAAUAUUAUAUAUCAAAAACCUAGCCCACACUCUGAAUAUUUCUAAAGAUUCUCAAAAAAAAAAGAAUUAAGUAUCUGCAAAGAGCUAUAAGGUAACGAGAAGGAGCAUGAAAAAUCGUGCUGAUAAAACUUUGAACCGUUUUUCUUCGAUAUUUUAGUAAAGAGAAAUUUUUUUUAGCUCUACUCAUAUUCAGAGAUCUUCCAGAACAUUUGAUCUGAAUUUUUAAAAUGGGAUGAAAAAAAGCUUUUCACGGUAUUCGAUUCUAUCCGUUGAAAAAAAAAACUACGAAUUCGGUUCUACUAUAAAUUAUCCCAAACCUUGCACUAAGUUGAUAAUUGCAUACCAAGCCUUGAAAAAGUUUAUUUUCCCAAGUCAGCUUGACCAAAAUCUAUUUUGGAACCCUUUCUUAAUAUUUUUUGUUUUCAGGCCAGAGAGGACCUCCAGGACCUCCCGGACAAGCAGGAGCGCCUGGAGCCUCAGGUGAGAAUGGCUCUCCAGGAAGCUGUGAGCACUGCCCGCCAGCCCGACUUGCUCCCGGAUAUUAA